GCCCUUAAACCCCAGCAGCACGCUCACAAAGUGCAGCAAAGCCUCCAGCUCAGCAUCAGCAUGGACGCAGCAAAAGGGACGGUGAACGGGAACCACGACCCAGAGGCGGGGACCGCCGAGCCGGGGACCAGGAGGCGACGGGGCUCCAUGUACCUGGAAGAGGAGACUAACAAGUCUGGAGUGAUUUCCUGCAUUUUCUCCUUAAAGGAGGAGGUCGGAGCUUUGGCCAAGGCUCUUCGGCUUUUUGAGGAUAAUGGCAUCAACCUGACCCACAUUGAGUCCCGUCCGUCCCGGAUGAACGGAGAGGAGUACGAGUUCUUCAUCAGCGUGGAGUCCAGCUGCUCUCAGGCUCUUGAUGACGUCAUUGACGGCCUGCGGAAGGAGAUCAGCGGCCAUGUGCAUGGACUGUCGCGCAACAAGCAGAAGGACACAGUUCCAUGGUUCCCCAACGAUAUCCAAGACUUGGAUCGCUUUGCCAACCAGAUCCUCAGCUACGGCUCGGAGCUGGAUGCUGAUCACCCCGGUUUCACAGAUCAGGUGUACAGAGCCCGCAGGAAGGAGUUCGCCGACAUCGCCUACAACUACAGACAUGGCCAACCCAUUCCCAGGGUGGAGUACACCGAGGCGGAAAAAGAGACGUGGGGGAUCGUCUUCAAGGAGUUGAAGACUCUGUACCCGACUCACGCCUGCCGUGAGCACAACCGGGUCUUCCCGCUGCUGGAAAGAUACUGCGGCUACAGGCAGGACAACAUUCCCCAGCUGGAGGACGUGUCUCGCUUCCUACAGUCCUGCACAGGUUUUCGGCUUCGCCCCGUCGCCGGUCUGCUCUCAUCCCGUGACUUCCUGGCUGGGCUCGCCUUCCGCGUUUUCCAUUCCACGCAGUACAUUCGUCACGGCUCCAAGCCCACGUACACCCCCGAGCCGGACGUCUGCCACGAGCUGCUGGGACACGUUCCUCUGUUAGCCGACCCCAGUUUUGCCCAGUUUUCCCAGGAAAUCGGUCUGGCCUCUCUUGGUGCCCCUGAUGAGUUCAUAGAGAAACUCGCUACUGUUUACUGGUUCACUGUGGAGUACGGUCUCUGCAAGCAAGGCUCCGAGAUCAAAGCGUACGGAGCCGGCCUGCUUUCAUCCUUCGGAGAGCUGCAGUACUCCCUAACGGAUGAGCCCAACAUGUUGCCUUUUGACCCCGAGAAGACCAGCCUGCAGAAGUACCCCAUAACCGAGUACCAGCCGGUUUACUUUGUGGCAGAAAGCUUUGAAGACGCCAAGGAGAAAGUGAGAAAAUUUGCAGGCACCAUACCGAGGCCCUUCUCGGUGCGCUACAACCCCUACACCCAGAGCAUCGAGGUCCUGAACAACACCCAGCAGCUCCGGAACCUGGCCGACUGCAUCAACUGUGAAGUGGGGAAACUGUGUGAAGCUCUGCAGAAACUGGAGUGAAAGCUCGUCUGACCCGAUGUCUUCUUACUAAAAACAACCUUUCUUUGUAUUAAAUACAUAUGCAUGGCAGAAAAUUACAAUAUUACUGUGACUGAUAUAGAGCAAACCUGCAGGUUAAUUUAGGGAAUUAGAUGCUAGAGUAGAACUACGUAUGUUACUAUUAGUAGAUGAAUGAAUUAAUUUUACUGUUCUUUUUUUUAAGUUGAUUUUUUAAUAACAAAAAAGUAUAAUUAGACGUAAUCAUUUGUUUUAUUUAGAUUAUGAACAGCUAAAUGUAGUUCAUUUCCUUAAUGAAUUUUUUUAUUAGCUCUAUUAGAAGAUUUCUUUGAAAUAAAUCUUUUUGGAAUUGUAAUUUUUCCGUUCAAAUAAAACUUUGAUUCACUUU